AUGUCGGCUACUGAAGAAACAGAAACUGCUAAAAUGACGGCAGCACAGACAAAACUAGAAAUGAAACGACUUGAAAUUCAAGCGGAAUUGGAAAGAGAAAAACUUCAAAUGGAAAAGUUUAAACUGGAUGCAGAUGAAAAAGAACGACAAAGAGAGGAAGAACGACAAAAAGAACUUAUAAAUCUAAGUAAAGCUCUAACGGAAAGGUACGGGAAAAGACCCUACCAAUAUUUUAAGUUGUUGCAGUCGGCACAAAAGGAACCUCAGGAGACAUACAGAGGACUGAUGGCCAGGAUCGAACAAUAUCUUGUUAGAUUUUUGGAUUCGGUAGAGGAUACCAUGGAUAAAUUUAAGGAGUAUUUUCUUAGUGCAUUGCCAACGUCUCAAGCACAGUGGAUACGACGGAAUAAAGGAUCAAGCAGUGUGGUAGAGGCCGCUGAGGAUUAUAUUCUGCCAGAGAGGAAUGUAAGCAAACAAACUCACGGAGAAGUCAACGGCCGUGAUAUCUGUUUUGUAAAAGACACUGGGUCAGCUAUAACCUUGAUUCGGGAAGACCUAGUGGACCCCAGUUGUAUAUUGAAGGGUCAGCGGGAGACUCUGUGUACAGCGACUGGACAGCCGUUUUCAGCCAAGUUGGCUAUAGUUGAUAUGGACACGCCAUAUUACAAGGGACAUGCACAGGUCGGAUUAGUGCCUGAUCUUGUCGCUGAAGCCCUGUUGGGGGUAGACAUCAUAGAGAGACAGUCUAAGUCUGUUAAUGUUAUUACGCGUGCUCAACACCAUAGUAACAUUGCUGCUGAUAAGGUAGCUGUGGUCAAGGAAAAUGAGUGUGGUGUUAAAGUUGGACUGGACCUUGAUGUGGACAUUGAGGAGGACCAUGUGGAUGUCGGUGAUGAGAGUGAUGAGGGACAGGUUAGUGAUCAUGAGGCUGACCUGGACAAUGGCGAUGAUGUUGGUGUGGACACUGACAACAUCAGUGAGACUGUAUCUGUCAAUGAGGAAGAUACAGAUAGCGUCACUAUGGAUACCGAACCACUUGAACUUUCUGCAGUGAAUGCUGAAGUGCUUAGUAAGCCUCAACAGGAAGAUCCAACUCUAGUUAACAUUCGUAGAAAAGCAGCAAAGUCUGUAGAAGUUGUACAGGACGACAGUAAUGCCCUGUACUGGGAGAAUGGUAUUCUCAGAAGGAAAUGGGAGUCCAGAGAUGGAAUUCACCGUGGAAUUCAGGUAGUGCUACCUGAGGCACUACGUCUCAAUGUGAUUAAAUUGGGACACGACAGACCAUUGGCAGGUCAUUUGGGGACAGAAAAGACCAAGGAGAGAGUGCUGAGAUCAUUCUAUUGGCCAGGUGUUUUCAAGGACAUACAGGAGUAUUGUAGUACUUGUGAGAUAUGUCAAAAGACCGCCAGAAGACGUGGGGAUGAAAAAGCUCCGUUAGGACAACCGCCAAUCAUCAGAGAGCCUUUCUACAAAAUAUCCAUGGACGUGGUAGGACCAUUGUCUCGAACAAAGAAAGGUAAUAGAUUCAUUCUAACUAUAACGGAUGACGCAACAAGAUACCCAGAGGCUUUUGCGCUAAAGAAUGUUGACGCACAAACCAUAGCAGACACAUUGGUGGAACUAUUCAGUAGGGUGGGCGUGCCACGUGUUAUUCUUACAGACCAGGGCACUAACUUCACCUCAAAAAUGAUUCAAGAACUCUACCGUGUGAUGGGAAUCAAAGGCAUAACAACGACACCAUAUCAUCCACAAGCUAAUGGAAAGGUAGAGAGAUUUAACACAACUCUCAAAGCUGUGUUAAAAAAGCUCUGCACGUCAAAUAAUGAAGCAUGGGACGAACUGGUGCCAUAUGCAUUGUUUGCUUAUAGGGAGGUACCCCAUGAAGAAACAGGUUUUUCGCCAUUUGAAAUGCUGUACGGAUGGCCAGUCAGAGGAUCAUUACAUAUUUUAGAGCAAGCCAUGACAGGAGAAGGUGAGCUAAAGAUAUCUGUCAUUGAUCACAUUGUUCAAAUGCGAGAAAGGCUCGCAUCAAUAAGAGAAACAGUGCUUGAAAAUCUGACAAUCAAGCGUCAGAAGACAAAACAGUGGUACGAUAGCAACGCCACAGCACGGGAACUAAGACCGGGUGAUGAGGUGUUAUUAUUAAUACCAUCGGACAGUUCAAAAAUGGUAGCGCAGUGGAAAGGACCAUACAGGGUCGUAAGGAAAGUAAAUGACGUCAAUUACGAGGUCAAUGUCGGUGGACGUCGAAAGCGGGUUGUUUAUCACAUCAACUUGUUACGCAAGUACAACAAGGCUGUACAGAAUGUCAUGUUUGUCCCGAAAUGUGACCUGGCUGACUCUGACUUUGAUGGUUCCAACCUAACAAUUCAGGAUACGCUGGAUGUUAAGCUUGGUAAGAACUUAAACCAAUCACAACGUCAGGAGAUACGCCAACUUUGUGAGGAAUAUAGUGACGUCAUCAAUCCAAAUCCAGGUAGGACAUCAUUAGUUACACACAGCCUGAGAACAACGUCUGAAAAACCAAUACGACAGCAGCCAUAUCGAAUUCCUCAAGCAAAGAAACAGGAUGUUAAGAGAAUGUUGGAUGAUAUGUUGGAUCGCGGUUACAUAACACCCUCAUUCAGCCCUUACUCAUCUCCAAUAGUCUUGGUGGAAAAGAAGGACACCACAUCUCGCCUAUGUGUGGAUUACAGAAGGCUGAACGAUGUAACACUGUGUGAUGGAUAUCCAAUACCUCGGGUAGAUGAGAUAUUUGAGAAGCUGGGUAAAGCGCAAUAUCUCAGCACAAUGGAUCUAGCAAAGGGAUAUUGGCAAAUACCUUUGUCACAGGAUUCACAAGAGAAGUCUGCGUUUGUGACAGAAUUCGGGCAGUACCAAUUCAAGGUGAUGCCUUUUGGAAUGAAAACAGCACCUGCUACAUUUGCACGGAUGAUGGACAGACUAUUAGCAGGAGUAGAACAUGUUGUCGCCUAUUUUGAUGACAUAGUGGUAUAUAGUGACACGUGGGAGGACCACUUGUUACACAUCAAGACUGUUUUUGACCGACUCGGAGACGGUGGGCUAACGGUAAAUCCUUCAAAAUGUCAGUUUGGUGAAGAGGAACUAUACUGUUUGGGACAUGUGGUAGGGAAAGGAAAGCUCAAACCAGAUAACCGGAAAGUUCAAGCAAUGGUUGAUUUCCCCCUUCCACUAACGAAAAAAGGGAUUAGAUCAUUUCUCGGUAUGACAGGGUACUACCGACGUUUCGUCAAAAAUUAUGCCAAGCUAGCUGCUCCAUUGACAAAUCUGAUUAGAAAAGACCGUCCGAGACAAAUCCAAUGGACAGAUGACAGUGUGAAGGCAUUCAAUGACCUGAAGGACGAAAUGACGAGGGCACCGGUACUAGCAAAUCCGGACUUCAAUGAACCCUUUACUAUACAGACAGAUGCUAGCAACGUAGCUAUUGGAGCUGUGCUUAGUCAGGUAAUUGAUGAUGAGGAACAUCCUAUUGCCUACAUCAGCAGGAAACUGUUACCAAGAGAACAAAAUUAUUAUACAGCAGAGAAAGAAUGUUUGGCUAUCGUAUAG